UAUGCACUGGGAGUGUUGAUAGUUUUCAGUCAGUCCAGCUGACUGCGGCCAAGUUGGGAGGCUGGAGGGGAAAAGCGCUCGUUGUCGGGUGCGGCACAGGCCGCACUGGCCUUUCGCAGUACCCACGCCUGCACAUCAGAGCCUCGGGGAGAAAAGAGAAGAGCAAGACGAAGUCGACGGGAAGAAAAGUGGGGAGCGAGGGUGCCGACUUUGAAGUCUUAAGGCGGAGGGCAAGCAGUCGCCCCUGAUUGGCCCGUGGGCGUCGUCGAGAACCUGCGCCGCUGCUCUGAUUGGUUGGUGCCCGUAAUUAUUGUGACGGCGGUGGAGAUUUUGCCCACGUACUUCCGAGCGAGGGGCGGGCCGGUGCUCCGGCGCGCGUGCGCAGCGCCGCCCGGGCCCCACCCGGUAGUUCAAGAACCUGCGAGGGGGCGGGGCGAAGAGGUGCUUGUUUUGGUUCUGUUUCCUUUGAAGCAGAAGGCCGGAACCAGCGUAGCAAUAGGCUUGGUGGACUUGGAGAGAAGGCCACGACAGAGUCGCAGCGGUGCCUGCGUCUUGGACUUCACAUCCGGGCUCUCCCAGCGUUACUCGCUAGCUACCGACUGUCCUCGAACCGGCCUCUCAGUCCCUUUAUCCGGGUCCCGCCGUUCCCGGCGUGCUUUGCGCACCGUCGUAGACCUCCCCCGUCCCCAUCCGGAUCCUGUCCCGGCGUGCCUCGCGCCGGGUUUGCUGGGGGGUACUCGGUGGUGCCGCCAUGACUAUACUCCCCAAAAAGAAGCCGCCGCCUCCCGACGCCGACCCCACCAACGAGUCGCCGCCGCCUGGGCCGCUGCCCCCGGCGCCGCGCCGCGGCGGGGGUGUGGGCGUGGGCGGCGGCGGCACAGGCGUGGGCGGCGGGGAUCGUGACCGUGACUCGGGCGUAGUGGGGGCUCGUCCCCGGGCCUCGCCACCGCCGCAGGGGCCACUACCCGGGCCACCGGGUGCGCUUCACCGCUGGGCGCUGGCCGUGCCGCCCGGCGCUGUGGCGGGUCCCCGACCGCAGCAGGCCUCUCCGCCUCCGUGCGGGGGCCCUGGUGGUCCCGGCGGCGGUCCUGGCGACGCGUUAGGGGCAGCGGCAGCGGGCGUGGGCGCGGCUGGCGUUGUGGUGGGCGUGGGUGGUACGGUGGGCGUGGGCAGCUGCUGCUCUGGGCCGGGGCACAGCAAGCGGCGACGUCAAGCCCCCGGGGUUGGCGCGGUUGGCGGGGGUAGUCCCGAGCGUGAGGAGGUCGGCGCAGGCUACAACAGUGAGGACGAGUAUGAAGCGGCCGCAGCACGCAUUGAGGCCAUGGAUCCUGCCACUGUCGAGCAGGAGCAUUGGUUUGAAAAGGCUCUGCGAGACAAGAAGGGCUUCAUCAUCAAGCAGAUGAAGGAGGAUGGUGCCUGUCUCUUCCGGGCUGUAGCUGACCAGGUAUAUGGAGACCAGGACAUGCAUGAGGUUGUACGAAAGCACUGCAUGGACUAUCUGAUGAAGAAUGCAGACUACUUCUCCAAUUAUGUCACAGAGGACUUCACCACCUACAUCAACCGGAAGCGGAAAAACAACUGCCAUGGCAACCACAUUGAGAUGCAGGCCAUGGCAGAGAUGUACAACCGUCCCGUGGAGGUGUACCAAUACAGCACAGAACCCAUCAACACAUUCCAUGGGAUCCAUCAAAACGAGGAUGAACCCAUCCGUGUCAGCUAUCAUCGGAAUAUCCACUACAAUUCAGUGGUGAAUCCCAACAAGGCCACCAUUGGUGUGGGGCUGGGCCUGCCAUCAUUUAAACCGGGGUUUGCAGAGCAGUCCCUGAUGAAGAAUGCCAUAAAAACAUCAGAGGAGUCAUGGAUUGAACAGCAGAUGCUGGAAGACAAGAAACGGGCCACAGACUGGGAGGCCACGAAUGAGGCCAUCGAGGAGCAGGUGGCUCGGGAAUCCUACCUGCAGUGGCUGCGGGAUCAGGAGAAACAGGCCCGCCAGGUCCGCGGCCCCAGCCAGCCCCGGAAAGCCAGCGCCACGUGCAGUUCGGCUACAGCAGCAGCCUCUAGUGCCCUGGAGGAGUGGACCAGCCGGUCCCCAAGGCAGCGGAGUUCAGCCUCGUCACCUGAGCACCCUGAGCUGCAUGCUGAGCUGGGCAUCAAGCCCCCUUCCCCAGGCACUGUCUUAGCUCUUGCCAAACCUCCUUCGCCCUGUGCGCCAGGUACAAGCAGCCAGUUCUCAUCAGGGGCUGACCGGGCCACAUCCCCCCUCGUGUCUCUCUACCCUGCUCUGGAGUGCCGGGCCCUCAUUCAGCAGAUGUCCCCCUCUGCCUUUGCAGGUCUGAACGACUGGGAUGAUGAUGAGAUCCUCGCGUCGGUGCUGGCAGUGUCCCAACAGGAAUACCUAGACAGUAUGAAGAAAAACAAAGUGCACAGAGACCCUCCCCCAGACAAGAGUUGAUGGAGACCCAGGGACUAGAGACCAUCUCCCAACCCCCUGCCACUCCUGCCCUCCGGUGCCACCCCAUCUGGCUUUCUUCCCUCUUGCCUUCUUCCUUCUUCCCUCUCUCCUCUUUCCUCUCUUCCCCACUUCCCUCUGGCCAGCCUAUCCCUGCGCCCCCUCUCAUCGCUGCUGCCACCACCACCACCGCUGCCGCCUGUCUCCGCCAGCUGACGUGCCCUGUUGCCCCCCGCACAGCACCAUCCCUGCAUUCCACAGGGGACUUGGGCAAGGGUGCCGAAGGUAGGCGAGAGGCAUACAGAGACAGACCAACUGGCAGCCAGGCAGCUCCGGAAGAGACAUUCAGACAGAGGAAAGCCUCCCUGCCCCCCCAUUCCUCCUAAGAUCGGAAAAAUUUGUUACCCGCCCCUACAGUGAUGCCAGGGAGUGGGGAGAGUGGGAAAUCCCCCUUCCCAGUACCCUAAGAAUGUCUGAGCCUUCAAUGUUGAAUUUUUUCUUUAUUAAAAUGUACUUUUAUCUUAUAAAAUCAACCAAUCAAAAAUGAUCUAGACAACAGCACUGGCUCUGUGAAGGUGGCAUCUCUUUGGUUGGGGGCAGGCAGGUCAUGGGGCAUGGAGGGGGCACAGAGAUGUCUCUGGCCUCCAGCUCUGUGGAGGUGGGCAGGGUCUAGGGUGUGAGUCGGGGUGGGGGUGCAAGGGACAGGUGUCAUACGGGCUUUGGACAAUGAAACUCUGACCUCGCUGUGUUCCUGCUGUGCUACUACCACCACCAGUCUCUGAAAUCUUGGGAUGGGGGGCAUCUUUGGGGAUCAUGGCCACCACCCAGGAUUGGAAUAUGGCAAGUGGGAGCAACCUUGGCAGAUGGGGCACCCAUGCCCUGCAGGUUUUGACAAGAUCCGCCAUUUGUAACGUCCUCAGCACAAUAAACCAAAUGUCAGUUUCCCCUGA